AUGAACGUCGAUGGAUUUCUCUCCACAAGGAGUACGGCCCACCAUGCAUUUAUGAAAGGUAUCGACUUUCCAUCGAAGUUCUACCUCUGGACGACGACAAUGGAGCCGAUGAAGAAGAUGAUUUGUCGUGGACGAGCAGUGAACGGGAACGACGGAAAAGUGUUCGGCGAAGAAAACCUCAGUCGCAGUCAUCACGCGUUAGACGAGUAUCUCAGAUUAAAGAGGAAUGGGUUGACGGCGUGGAUUUGA